AUGGAGACACAUGACGUGUAUACAGUCCUUUCUCCGGAAAGUCAGUCAUCCGACUAUAAAUUGCAUCUAGUGACUCUUAACAAUCACAUUUUAAGCGCCAUUGAAGAUGGAAAAGAUAAAUUGUAUCUGAAGGCAUCCUCAUCAACGGAAGGUUAUCCAGUGAUAGUUACGGACAGCCGAACAUUUAAAAUACGGCAACAGAAUCAGUCCAACUGUUUAAUGUUGAUGAAUACAGACAAGGUUAAUGGGAAAGAUGCUGGAGUUUCGUUCGAUGACUUUAAGUCUAAACUAAUUCUUGAGGAUGUGAAGCCAGGUGUAGAUACGACAGGUCUAAUCACGAUUCGAACAAUUGAGCAACUUCGUAAUACUGUGAACCAUAGUGAGGAUGGAAAAGGAUACACAUUGAAGGAUCUAUUUGCGAAUUCAAGAGCUUCAAAAGCUGAAUUCGAGGAUAUUAUUUCUAGACAGCAAAUAUUCGAGUUUAGAGGAUGCUGUUACAUUGCAGGAGACGCACUUGUAACAACCUGCAUUGGCAAGAUUGUGGAGAAGCUGAUAAAGCAAGUGGUUGAAUCCGGACAUGAACUAGAUAUAAUGGAGGAGCUGAAUAAAUUCAAAUACUGUGAGGCAAAAAAAUGUAUUUUAGGUGGUGAAAUCCUUGAAAAACAUCCGAAAGAGCUUAUCGAAUUGUGUCUACGCAAAUUCUUUGGACAGGAUGGAAUCAACGAUGAUCUGAUAGUCAGGCAAUUUGGAUUGGAGGUGCUCCGGAAACAUAAAACUCUCAAAUUGGACGAUUUUAUGAUUGAGCUUAAGCUCCGACUUCCAUUCAAUUACACACCUCAAAUUAAACUCAACCAGGCGCUUAGUGGGUGUUACUACACAUUUGGAGAUCACAAAUUGAUUGCAUAUCUAGAUGAUAGUAUGUUAAGUGAUGAUCCAGUGAGAAGAUUCGCGCAGCUUUUUUCACUAAAGCCACAGUGGGAAGUUACUGAGAUCGAACCAUUUAUAGAUAGCAUCAACAAAAAGGGAACAAAGCCUGAAAAGUUCUUGCUAAAGUUCUGCAAGGUGAAAAGAGUUGGUAAAAAGCACUAUGCCAUGCCAAUGAGAGCCAGUUAA